AUGUCUGGGGAAAAGGACUCCCCAAGGGAGAUCGAAGCUCAAACAGAUGAUACUGAUUCUCCCUGUCCUAGUGUCUCUGAAAUAGAGCAGCUCCUCAGGACAGGGAGGGUCUCCUGCAGCCGUGUGGACGAAGUCUGGCCCAAUCUCUUCAUAGGAGAUGCGGCCACAGCAAACAAUCGCUUUGAACUGUGGAAACUAGGCAUCACUCACGUGCUGAAUGCAGCCCAUGGGGGGCUUUGCUGCCAGGGGGGCCCUGACUUCUAUGGCAGCUGCGUGAGCUACCUAGGGGUGCCUGCCCAUGACCUCCCUGACUUCAACAUCAGUGCCUACUUUUCUUCUGCUGCUGAUUUUAUCCACAAUGCUCUCCUCACACCUGGGGCCAAGGUCCUAGUUCACUGUGUGGUGGGGAUCAGCCGAUCAGCCACUCUGGUCUUGGCUUACCUCAUGCUGAGGCAAGGGCUAACUCUGCGGCAGGCUGUGAAUUCUGUGAAGCAACGCCGUUGGAUCUUCCCCAACUCUGGUUUCCUCAAGCAGCUGUGCCAGCUGGACAGGCAGCUUCAGGGAGCAGGAGGAGCUCCAAGGGACUGA